CUCGCCAGGCCCCGGCCCCGCCGCCCUUCGCCCAGGACCGGCCCGCGCCGCCAUGGGGGUGGAGGGCUGCACCAAGUGCAUCAAGUACCUGCUCUUCGUCUUCAAUUUCGUCUUCUGGCUUGCUGGAGGUGUGAUCCUGGGUGUGGCCCUGUGGCUCCGCCAUGACCCACAGACCACCAACCUCCUCUAUCUGGAGCUUGGAGACAGGCCUGCACCCAACACCUUCUAUGUAGGCAUCUACAUCCUCAUCGCCGUGGGUGCUGUGAUGAUGUUCGUCGGGUUCCUGGGCUGCUACGGGGCCAUCCAGGAGUCCCAGUGCCUGCUGGGGACGUUCUUCACCUGUCUGGUGAUCCUGUUUGCCUGCGAAGUGGCUGCCGGCAUCUGGGGCUUUGUCAACAAGGACCAGAUCGCCAAGGACGUGAAGCAGUUCUACGACCAGGCCUUGCAGCAGGCUGUGACGCACAGCGACGCCAAGGCCAAGGCCAAGGCCAAGGCUGUGGUGAAGACCUUCCACGAGACGCUCAACUGCUGUGGCUCCAGCACGCCAUUCGCGAUGACCACCCCUGGGUUCAGCAAUGACCUGUGUCCCUCGGGCGGCAAGGUUAUACCCAACUUAUUCAAGGAAGAUUGCCACGAGAAGAUCGAUGAGCUCUUCUCGGGGAAGCUGUACCUCAUCGGCAUUGCCGCCAUCGUAGUGGCAGUGAUCAUGAUCUUCGAGAUGAUCCUGAGCAUGGUGCUCUGCUGUGGCAUCCGGAACAGCUCCGUGUACUGAGGCUCCAGCCACUCGGGCCGCAGGCCAGGCCGGUGGGACCCCUGCGGCAUCCCCAGGGCGACCCGGACACUUCUGCAGAGGGCCUCUCACCACCUGUGUAUAUAACUUUUCUGGUAUUAUUACUCUGCUGCACUUAUUAGUCUUUUUACUUUUGAGGUUUUGUUUUGGUCCUGAAGUUCCCCAUUACCUUCUGGGGUUGAUGUCACCUGUAGGUGGUAUGUGACUGGACCCUGGGGACUGCAGGGCAGGGGCCCCCUCUGCUCCUGGGGCCGCCUGGGGGCUCUGCCUGCUCAGCCAGCCCUCUCCAGGGGACCUCGCGGGCCUUCUGGCGGAGCUGCAUCCUCCCACCCACCUGUCCCCAUGGGCUGCAGGGCUCAGGCCGUUUUUAAUCCAUGUUCCUCUCCUGCCACCUGUCUCUAGAGCGGGGUCUACGAGCGGCCUUAUGCCUUUAAUGCACCUCUCCUUUCUAACACGUCAUCUUCAACUGUAAUUACAUCUUGAGAGUCAUUCAAUAAAGAAGGAAAAACCAGGCAUGCUAACAAA